AUGGAAACGAAACAAUCAAAACUUGCAAUUUGUGCUGCAGCAUAUUAUGUUAUGGCAAGUGGUGAAAUUUUAAUAAAUAAUAACAAAAAAGAUAAGGUGACAAGAAAGAGAAGACGAUAUUGGGUGAAUGAAUAUUAUAAAAGUCGAAAUAAGUACAAUGCGACAAAUAUGCUUUAUGAUUUGACUUUAAACUCUACAAAAAAAUUCGAAAAUUUUUGCCGAAUGUCACCUGAAGAUUUCGAAUAUUUGUUAAAUAAAAUUGGACCAUCAAUAACAAAAAAUGACACCAAUAUGAGAAAAUCUAUCCCUAUCCAAGAAAAAUUAGCAGUUACAUUAAGAUAUUUAGCUUCUGGAGACAGUUUUAUUAGUUUAUCUUAUAUGUUUAAAUUCUCUCCACAAUCAGUGUCAAGAUGUGUUCAAGAAGUAUGCAGUGCAUUAAUACAAGAAUUAAAAGAUGAAAUUAAGCAAACUUAUAAAUGA